AUGACUCUUCUUUGUGUGGUCUUUUUCAGUAGAACGUGUGCUACCAUCACGAUGCCUGAAGUAAGCACCGAUCACCUGGAUGAGCAGCAGGUGCAGCUCUUAGCAGAGAUGUGCAUCCUUAUCGAUGAAAACGAUAAUAAGAUUGGAGCAGAUACCAAGAAAAACUGUCACUUGAAUGAAAACAUUGAUAAAGGUUUACUGCACCGAGCUUUCAGUGUUUUCUUAUUUAAUACAGAAAAUAAACUGUUGCUGCAGCAGAGGUCAAAUGCAAAAAUUACAUUUCCAGAUUGUUUUACCAACACUUGUUGCAGUCAUCCUCUAAGCCAUCCACUGGAACUGGAAGAAAGUAAUGCCAUCGGUGUUCGGAGAGCAGCACAGAGACGACUGAAAGCAGAGUUAGGAAUUCCCAUGGAGCAGGUAACUCCAGAAGAAAUCUCCUAUCUGACACGAAUUCACUACAAGGCCAAGUCUGAUGGGAUCUGGGGUGAACAUGAGAUAGACUAUAUCUUAUUUGUACAGAAGGAUGUAACGCUGAAUCCGGACCCUAACGAGAUCCAAAGCUACUGCUACGUGACACAGAAAGAACUGAAACAGCUCUUGGACAAAGCCUCCAAGAAUGAAGUGAAGAUUACUCCAUGGUUUAAGCUAAUCGCGGAGACCUUUCUUUUUAAGUGGUGGGAUAACUUAUCUAACUUGAAGAAAUUUGUUGAUCAUGAAAAAAUAUACAGAAUGUAAAUAGCUGGGGUAAAGGGUGCUGAAGGCUAGCAGUGAUGGGCUGUCUCAUUAAUGCUGUGGUAACUCGUGACUUGAGUGCAGAAAGGCGAUCCACCUGAAGCGUAACAGUUAACUUCAUACAGAGAUGCUUAUAGCCAAUGUUUUUUCUUCUCUCUUCACCUCCUCUUCCCUCCAGCCCUGCUCUUCUUGGGCGCAUUGAGCUUAAUCUCAUGUAAAUUGGCUAAUGGUGAGAUCAGAACCUCCCUGGGUUCAUCUUUCUCCAUUACCUGCUGUGACGGGAAAGAUCCUCAGCCUGUGUGUGCCC